AGAAAAAAAAAGAAAAAGAAAAAGGGAGGCAAACGAAAUAAAGCCCGUACUUCAUCCAUCUGCAUCUUCCUCCUAAUGGAUUCACCGAGGCGGACAUGCCUGAAACUCCAAAUCCCCACCGAAUCUGAACCCCACCCGACCCACCAACCCAUCUUCGUCAAAGGCACAUGGUUUCCCACUCACUUCCAUCUCUCCAUCACCGACGGCCUCCAUGCCUGGAGCUGUCACGCAUCCGAAGCUGAGGUUCGAGAGCGAGCCGCCCAGUGGGAUCAGCCCGUCUCUGACUACGUCAACCUCGCGGAGCGCUACCUUGGGUUCCAACAGCCUGGUUCAGCCUACGGGUUCGCCGAUGCUGGGGACGGUCACAGAAGGUUGUCAUGGACAUUUGAGAAGGAAGGCACUAAGUUAGAGUGGCGUUGGAAGUGUCAACCAUCGGCUGAUGGUCAAAAAACUACAGCAGAGAUCUUGGACUUUCUUAUGGAUGCAAACAUAAGGCUAAGUGAAGAAGUUGUUAGGAAGACCAAAUCAUUUGAGAGCCUAAAGGUGGAAGCUGAAAAGUGUUUAGCACAAAGUGAGAAAUUCAGUGACGAGAAGACUGAAUUUGAAUCUGCAAUCUAUGCAAAGUUUCUUGGGGUCCUGAAUUCAAAGAAAGCAAAACUCAGAGAGCUUCGGGACCAGCUUUCGAAACAGAAAACCUUGGGGAAGUUGCCAGAAGAUGAGGAAGAGUCAACAGACAAAACCAUAAGUUUUGAUGAUGAAAGUGAUGAGGAGAGGCAUGUGGAAGAAGAUGCUAAGACUUCUGUUGGCACUUCAAGGGAUGUUCCAGCAAGUAGGCCUCGCCGUUGGAAAAGGAGUUCACGCCAAUAGACAUGUCACUAGCAAAUUAACUCUGUCGUAUAUUAGUUUUGUUCCCCCGUCGCUUUGGCCACCAUUGAAGAUGUAAAGUGAUUGAUAGCAACGAAUCAUCUUGACAUGUUGAUCUCAAUAUUGUUGCAACUCUAGUUCAG